AUGCCUCCCAAAUUCGACCCCAACGAGGUUAAGAUUGUCUACAUGAGGUGCACCGGAGGAGAAGUUGGCGCGACUUCUGCUCUUGCCCCGAAGAUUGGGCCCCUGGGUCUGUCUCCUAAGAAAGUUGGUGAUGACAUCGCCAAAGCCACCGGAGACUGGAAAGGCCUUAGGAUCACCGUAAAGCUGACCAUCCAGAACAGACAGGCCGCUAUUGAGGUGGUGCCCUCUGCUUCAGCGCUGAUCAUCAAAGCCCUGAAGGAGCCUCCUCGUGACAGGAAGAAGGUCAAGAACAUUAAACACAGUGGCAGCGUGACCUUCGACGAGAUUGUGGCCGUCGCCCGAGCAAUGAGGCCUCGCUCAAUUGCUAGAGAACUGUCAGGGACCAUAAAGGAGAUCCUGGGGACUGCCCAGUCUGUGGGCUGCACCAUUGAUGGCCGCCACCCCCACGAUGUCAUUGAUGACAUUAACAGUGGCAAAAUAGAGUGUCCGUCAGAGUGA